CCUUCAAGCUUUGGAGUAAGGAAUCCGCCACGUUACGUCGCCGGAUUGCCGUUACUUUGAGGCGUACCAAAGAAUGGGAAUUUUGAUGCACCCGAAGUAGUACUCAUUGUAGUACUGACUCUGUGUAAUUUCUCAUAUGAUAGUAUCGUUGCCCUUGACAGCAAACUGGCAAUCUAUAUUCAUAAAUUUAUUUUCCUCUCUUUAAUCUUUUUUUCUCGUAUAUCUUGUUCAAUCAUCGCCAGUCUUAUUAUUCGGGGCAUUGGCAGACAGCUCUUCAGCAAUUCUUCUUCUUCUACUUCUUUUAUAGUGAGCAACAUACCUACAUCAACAAUCAUUUUUUCAUUUAUUUUCUUGUGUCAUUAAUUACAGUCAUUCCUCAGUCACGCGUCUUCCAAUAUCCUGCAUAUUCAUCGUUUCAGAAAAGCGCGUCUGCCUUACAUUUUCAUACCCGUUCUCAAUCUACGGUAUAACAUCACGAGGACAUUCAAUUAUCAACAUAACAAUUACUUAUCGUUAGACAUCACAAGAUAUAUAUAUUUAUACGCACAUACUUUCAUCUCAAUCUCAAUUCAAUCAUUUAUCAACAUGUCCUGCAUACAACUCAAAGCUACACUCUUAAAGCUCAGCAAUAAAUGUGCUGAAACCCUUGGAUUAAAAUCAAAAACUCCCAAAGCUUUAUCUAUAAGUGCACCAUUCAAUUUUCAAGAAGGCCCAGCAGUCAAUCUCCCCGGUUAUUCCGAGGAUGAGAUAUCACUCAUGAAAGAGAAAGCUAUUGCGUCAACAGCCGUCGUUUCAGAUAAUCACUAUGCGAACUUGAAUCGAUGUUACGAUUCAGAUAUCUCGGAAUCACAUUCGAGGACGGGAUCUCAUGGGUGUGGGGUUGGGAGGAGUGUGGUUCAUCAUGCGAGGAGAGCUAGUAGAGGGUGUAUGUAUGGGAAUUGAGAUGGAUGGGUGGUGAUACAGGUUGAUUGGGUGGCUGGGGUUACUUGUAUGAUUAUGGAUUGGUGUACGAUAGGUAUUGGGUGGGUGGGAUGGUUACGGUUGCUGAUU